UUGAUCAUGUGCCCUGUAAAGUGGCCCUGGAUGGCAGAGAGUCAUAGACCUUGGCAGUUGCAACUUCAAUUCACACCACACUCUGCCGUGCUCACAGAGGAGGGGCUGCAGUCCUGACCCUCGUCAUGACAAUGACACUCGGGGUGCUGUUCUUGGCUCUCAACUUCUUCUCCUCAGUUCAAGUAACAGAAAACAAGAUUUUGGUGAAGCAAUCCCCCCUGCUUGUGGUAGAUAGCAACGAAGUCAGCCUCAGCUGCAGGUAUUCCUACAACCUUCUUGCAAAGGAGUUCCGGGCAUCUCUUUACAAGGGCGUGAACAGUGAUGUGGAAGUCUGUGUCGGGAAUGGGAAUUUUACCUAUCAGGCCCAGUUUCGAUCAAAUGUGGGGUUCAACUGUGAUGGAAAUUUCGACAACGAAACAGUGACGUUCCGUCUCUGGAAUCUGCACGCUAAUCAUACAGAUAUUUACUUCUGCAAAAUUGAGGUCAUGUAUCCUCCGCCUUAUCUAGACAACGAGAAAAGCAAUGGAACUAUUAUUCACAUAAAAGAGAAACAUCUUUGUCAUGCUCCGGCAUCUCCUAAGCUGUUCUGGGUACUGGUCGUGGUUGCUGGAGUCCUGCUUUUUUAUGGCUUGCUAGUGACUGUGGCUCUCUGUAUUAUCUGGACAAAUAGCAGAAGGAACAGGCUCCUUCAAAGUGACUACAUGAACAUGACUCCCCGGAGGCUUGGGCCCACGCGCAAACAUUACCAGCCCUAUGCCCCUGCGAGAGACUUUGCUGCAUACCGCCCCUGACAGGGACCCCUAUCCAGAAGCCCGCCGGCUGGUACCCGUCUACCUGCUCACCAUCACUGCUCUGGAUAGGAAAGGACAGCCUCAUCUUCAGCCGGCCACUUUGGACCUGUACUGGGUCACCAAUGCCAACUAUUUUAGAGUGUCUAGAUCUAACAUCAUGAUCAUCUUGAGACUCUGGAAUGAAUGAAAGAAGCUUCUAUGGCAGGAUAAAGUCUGUGUGGAUUGCCCCAAACUCAAGCUUAAUAUAUUUAUUGACUUGAUUGGGGGAAGUCAGAGUAGAGAAAUCAAAAAGUGAGAGAAUUCAUUCAGCCCUGGAAAGUCAAUUUGCAGGCUCCUGGAUGAGCCCCGCCCUUUCUCACUUACCAGCACAUUUCAGUCAUGUGAUGUGAUAGCCAAAGAUGUUUUGGACAGAGAAGAAAGGAUAGGAAAACCUUCUCUUUGGCUAAGUUGGUGUUUGGGGUGGGAGUAGGUUAUAGUAUAGUACUUAACUAUUUGAAAAAUAAUUAAAACACUUUUCACUCAUGAAAUGAGCCACUUAGCUCCUAAACAGUGUUUUCCUGUUAGUUUAAAAAGAUGUAGAUUAAUGAUUUCUGACCAUUUUUAAUCACAUUGACCCAUGGGAUAGCUUCAAAGCACCCCCAGGGACUGUUUCCUCAUUCCCUGUCAUGGGAAUUCAGUAUUAUUAAUAGUCACACCAUGAUUUCAGAACUAAAUAGCCUUCCCACACCAAGAAGAAUGUGAGAGGAAGUAAGGUCACUUUAUGUAAAAUAAACACACACAAACAUAUAUGUAUACAUAUAUAUACUUAUAUAUAUAUAUAUAUAUACACAGACAGACAGACAGACAGACACACACACACAUACACACACACACAUGAAUGCUAUGAAGAAUUAUCUGUUUAGUAGCCUUUUGUAGUCAAACCAUUUAAGUUUCAACUUUCCACAGUUGGGCCAUGUGUUGUCCUUUGUGGAUAUCAGAAAUUGUGUCUAUAUAGUGCCAGUCAUGAUACUGUGAACAAAAAGGGUAGUGUUAGUAUUUGUUAAGGUGGCAAGGAUGCCUUCCAGGGAGCUUCCUCUGAGGAAGGAAAUGACAUAAUUCUUGCCAUGUACGAAAGAGGUAGGUAUUUUCCAGAAGGCACCAUAGGGAGCCCCAGAAUAAGUUCCUCUAGACUCUAAACUUUAGAGGGAUUUUAUAUGUUCUAGGACCCAGGACUCCAGAACUUUGUGGGCUAAGCUGCUUCAUUCCACGGGGAUUCAUUGACAUGAAGAAUUAUUUUGGAGUGUGUCUUUAGGGAUGACUUCAAAGUUCUCAAGAACCUGCAAGACCUGAUACUGGAAUGAAGGUGGACUUUUUUUUUCUUCCAGUUUCGGUCAACUGGAACGUAUCUGGGGACCUUGAAGAAUGGCUGUACAGCUGUCUUCACCAUUUGUAUAGUGCUUUUAAUUAUUCUGAGAUUUAAAGGCAUGAAGACCUGGUUUUUUAAAAAAACAAUCUCAUUACUAGUUAAAUGGCCUUAGGCAAGUCACUGUUCAUCCAAGACUAUGAUUCCUCAUCUGUAAAAUGGACAUAAUGAAACUUACUGUGAUCCUCCCACCUCUGCCUACCAAGUGUUGGGAUUACAAGGAGUGCACAAUUAUGAUCAGCUUGUAGCAUAAAUUUAAGCCCAAACUCAUGAGAAUCUCUCAGCUUCAAUAAUUUUCCAGCUAAUUGGAAAUAAGUUUAUCUUAUAAUCAAACAUGAGGCAUUCCCCUCCCCCCACUGUUUGGUGUAUAAAGAGGUCUUUUAAACUUGUAUUUUUUUUUUUUAAAUCUGAGAAGUAGGAAGAGAUAGAAUCUUUUAAUUCUACACAGAUUUCUAUUCUGUGCCUUUAAUUAAAGCGGAGAAGACCAAGAUUAGCCGUACUUGUGUGAUAAAGACUGUGGCCCUGGCACUUGUGGGAGCAGCCAGCCUCUGACACAGAGUUCUUGAAUCUAAGUUAUAAAAUUAUAUUUGAAAAUGACACAGCUCGAGAAUUUAUUGAAAGGGCAAUAGAAAAUAACAAAUUCUUUUUUAAAUGGAAAGAUGUGGUCUUUUUGUCAAUCAAUAACGUUGUUUUCUAAAUGGAAAAGGAGGUUUACUGGAGAUGAAUCACACCUGAGAGCUUUCAUGUCUCCUCUGAACAGAACCAAAGCAUAAGUGUCAGAAGCCUUCCGCUAUCGGUAUGAACCAACAGAUGGGUUAAAAACACUGGUUUAGAGUAAAGCUUUUGCAGUUUCAGAUGUAGUGUGCAUGAAGAAAACUAUGUCAUUUGCUGCUAUUAUUGUAAGAGUCUUAGAAUUAAAGGUGUGUCUGUAAUUUGUGAGCUCACCCAUUUGGGGCUGAGCAUGACAAUUUUAAAGAGACCUGGUGUACCUUAUAGCUACAUCCAAUGAUGGAAUUACCACACUAGCGUGCACUUGUAUUUAAACUCAUGCUUUACUGUUUUCCUUGGGACAGGAAUUCAUUCACAGUGAAUCGGGAGAGAUUUCGCUAUUUGAAAAAGUGUAUGACAAGCAUUUUUACACCUUUGGGUUCCUCUCUCUGUGUCUCUCUGUCUCUAUCUCUCUGCAGAUUUUCAAACAUGUUUCUUUGGAAGAAAUACAAGCUGUGUGUGGUUUGCUAGGCACCAGUAGCAGUUUAUCAGUAGGCCAAUGUUUUAUCUCUUGGAGAUUUCAGUCUGGAUUUACCCAGUGUGCUCUCUGUGAUGUGACUGCUGGGGGACAGAUAUAACUUGAUUGAGCCUUCAAUCAUUCAGUCAACUAAGUGAGCCACUAAUCUGCAUGGCUACUUUAAUAGGCAUACUGAUGGUAAAUGGAUAUCUGAUCUUUCACCCCAGCUUUCUGUACUGCUAUGCAGGAACUAUAUGUGACUUAUAUACUCACCUGAAAAUGUUAAAUUCAACUACGUGAGAUGGAUCAGAAAUCACAAUGUUCAUGUCCAUAUAACCACCAUUAACCCUAGUAAAACACAGAGGUGUGGGUUCUUUUGGGACAUGUAAGUUUAUGCUAUCUACAAAGUUAGUUGAAGCUUGAAUCUCUCUUGUACCAUUAUGUUUAUGCAAAUAUCAAAAGCUUGUUCCUGUACCAGGAUUUAAUACAUACAAUUCAUACUGGUUUGUGUGUGUGUGUGUCUAUAGUGUUAUUCCCUAGAUAUCUAACUAGAUAUCUAGUUUGCUCUUACUUCCUUGACAUAUUUGCCCAAAUGUCACUUUCAACUCUGGUUAAUUGCCUCUACCACCUGUCUCCAUGCCUUAUUUUAUUUUCUCUAUAACUCUAUUACUAGAUGGCCUUCUUAUUUAUUGGUUUAUUGUCUCUCUCUUUUUUCCCUAAUCUACACUGGAUAUCCAAAGAAAAAGAACUCCAUUUGCUUUGAUUUUAUUAUUGUAUCCCCAAUGUCUAGAAUAAUGCUUAGCAUGCAAUAAAUAUUUAUUCACUGAAUAGAUGGAUUUCACAUGGGUUUAUGAAUUAAUGGUGAAUCUAAAUGAUCUGCUCACACUCUGAGAAGGAAAGCAAGAUCACUUCUGUUUUCCACUUCUUAUGAGAGACACAAGAGAUAAAGCAGACACAGAGAACUCUGGUAGAAGGACAUCUAAUUUAUACAACUUCAUUUACAGCUUAGAAACUUCUGUGUAUCCUGAAAGAUUAAUACAGUUAGUCAUUCUAAAAAAUGUUAUUCUAAAAACAACCAACUAGGAAUAAGUUGAUUUUUCCAUUUAAAGUUCUCAAAUUCUCUCUUAAUAGAUUGUUGAUAUCCUUUUUGUUUUUAUUUUUUGGAUCCUUUUUAAAAUAUGUGUAUUGGCUCAGUGGUUAAGAGCAUGACAUGGGCUAUUCUUCCAGAGGUCUUCCAGGGUUUGUUUCCCAGCACCCACAUUUGAUGCUCCCUUUUGGUCUCUAUGGACACCAAAAACUCAUGUGGUUCAACGGACAUACAUUUAGGCAAAACAAAUACACAUAAAAUAAAUAAAAAUGAUGUAUUUGUUGACAA